AUGUUACGUGGUAAGCUGAAACAAGAACUCGAUCGCAUGGAAAAAGAACAAGUCAUUGUUAAAGUGGACAAGCCUGCAAAUUGGGUACACUAUCCAGUCAUUGUCGAGAAGCCCAAUGGGAAGUUUAGAGUCUGUUUACACCCGAGAGAGCUAAAAAAAUAUCUCGAGGAAGAACAGUACCAGUUACCAACGUGGGAAGAAAUUUCAAGCAGAUUGCAUGGUGCAAGAUUUUUCAGCACUUUAGGUGCUAAUCAGGGGUAUUGGCAGAUACCUCUGGAUUUUGAAAGCUCAAGAUUGACGACUUUCAACACCCCGUUUGGGCGGUACCGAUUCUUGAGAAUGGCUUUUGGUAUCCAUUCAGCACGAGAUGUAUUUCACAAGAGAAUCAACCAUCUAUUCGAAUAUCUCGAAGGAGUCGAGCCCGACAUAGAUGACAUAUUGGUUUGGAGAAAAAACGAUAGAAGAGCAUGA